UUUGGACCAAUAGCGAUGCACAUCUGGAUAGCCGUGAGUAGGCGGAACUUCCGAGCAAAUGUAGCAUUGCGGCCUCUGCUGAAGGACACCUGCCUGUCUUACUCUGUUGGUGCAAGGGUCGUGCUAAAGGACCGUAAAUUAUCCAUCAUGGGUGGCCACGACGCUGGAAGUCACCAGUUCACUGGGAUUGCCAAGUACUUCAAUUCAUACACAAUCACGGGAAGGAGGAAUUGUGUUCUGGCCACAUAUGCUACCAUAGCAGCCAUUGCACUUUUCUACAAAUUGAAGCCCAAGAAACAGGCUGCCGUCAAAGACAAGUGAUGAUGUUUCCCCUUGACCCACCAUUAAAAACAGCUGGGAGAUAGAGCAGCUGGACAUGCUUGUAAUAAAAUAUGUCUGUUUGGUUUCCCUAUGUUAUUAAUAAAGAAAAUGUAUGUCCAAACAUA